AUGUUAUUAAAUUUGGAUGAAUAUACAUAUACAUACAUUUCCACAGAGACACAACCGGAGAGUCUCCUGAAGGAUCUGGGACUGGAGCACCUUUACCAAGAGAAGCUAUCCCUGAGGGAAAUACUUCAGAUCAAUAAGAAGACCAUCACCGAUGAACCUCCCAAGAGUCCUUCAGACCUUCCAUGGUAUUUUCUAAAGAAACUGAUGAUGGUGAAUGUGACAGCAAGGAAUGUACAGUUUACAUCUGCAUGUGACUCAGUCUGUGAUGCUGAAUCAGAUGGAUCAGGGUCAGAUUUAGAUAGUCUUCUUGACAGUCUGCAUUCAGGUGACAUGCUGAAUCCCCUUGACAUAAUCACUGCUAUGUUUCUGUGCUCUGAUGGUUUUGUACAGCAAGAAAUGGCGUUUAAAAUGUCCAUGUGUCAGUUUUCUGUGCCUCUGCUGCUUCCUCAUUGUGACACAAAGCAGUGCACACUGAUGCUUUGGGCUCUGAGAGACAUAGUUAAAAAGUACAGACCUUCAUCACUGUCAGAAUCCAAGGGCUUUAUUGAAGACAGAAUUGUUGUCUCUAAACAUCCAAUGGUGUCUUUUGUGAGACUGGGUGAGUGCUCCUUGUCCAAGUCAGAGAUCCUCAACAAGCUUCUGAGCCACUCUCAGCAGUACCAUGAUACCUUUGUUCACCGGAACAUGAAAAAUGGUGACUGUCCAAGACAAAUAUCCAAUGGACUGGUUGAAAUAGCCUGGUACCUACCUUGUGGGAACACAAACAUGGAUGUUUUCAGAGAGCCUGUAGCUGUAGCUAACCUUCGUGGGGACAUGGCAUCUUUUGAAACACAGUUUUCUUUUUUGUGUCAGACAUCUGAAGCAGUGUUUGUGUUCUUUGACAGUUUAGACUCUGAGUGCGAGCUGCUUACAAACCAAAACCACAAGGCACAGAUCUUUUUGGUGGGUAACCAUCAGAGCCAGAGAUUGAGUAUGGAUGCUCUGAAGAAGGUGGCAAACAGGCUGAACCUUACUAAAAGCCAUAUCCUUCUGAAGACUAAGAAAAUGAAUGAUGCAGACUUUGUCCAAAAUCUUUGGCAGACAGUCAACGGUGUAGUUGAGAACUCAAAGAUGAAGACUGAUAUCGAGCAGAUGGUGGGCGUUGCCUAUGAACUGGGAAUCCGGGUUGAUGAAGUCUCUGAAGAGUGCAAGACUGCAAAGGAAAAUGCAGAGGCCAUCACUGCAGAAAUUAAAGAUAUCCCAAAAUACAAAGAAGCUCAGCUGCCACUGCAAGGUGAAAUAUGGAAGGACCUGACUUGCUUGGAGAAGGAAGAGUGUCGACUUCAAAAACUUGGGUCACAAAACAUAGAAAUGUACAAAAGUGAUCUUCAGAAACAGAAAGUAAAACUUAGGAAAAAACAGAAUUCUCACGAUAUGUCUAAUGCAAUGACAUGUUUCGUCAGUGCACUAUCAAGACCAGGUAUUGAGAGGUGUUAUUUCCUGAAGUGGAUGCGAAUGAACCUCGAUAAUCUGUCUCGACAGAAGCUAUGUGACCUCAGAGAGGAUUACAAAAAGAAAAAACAAAACACAAACAAAAGUCCUGAAAACGAUGAGGAAAUUAAAGAAAUUGACCGACAACUUUCCAACAGCUCACUUGGGAUUGAACACUUCUUCCGUGAAAUGGGUCAGAUCUAUGAAGCCUCAGUUUCCCUCCCAGAAACAAAUCCAUCACGUCAACAGUUGAAGCAUCUUCCCAGACUAUGUGCAGAGUUGUUGCUGGAUGGAUUUCCCCUGGAGCUUGUAGAUGGUGAUGCAUCUAACAUCCCUCUCAGAUGGGUGACUGAUGUUCUGUCUGAGCUCAAUAAGUUGGUGUCUCCUGAGAACAAGAUCUUGGUAGUCACAGUUCUUGGAGUUCAGAGUACAGGGAAGUCUACUCUCCUCAACACUAUGUUUGGAGUACAGUUUGCAGUCAGCAGUGGUCGAUGCACUCGAGGGGCUUUUAUGUUGCUCAUCAAAGUAAAUGAAGACGUGAAAAAAGAACUCAGCUGUGACUUCUUGAUGAUUAUUGACACUGAGGGCUUAAAGUCACCAGAGCUUGCAAAACUAGACAACAGCUAUGAACAUGACAACGAGCUAGCAACACUUGUUGUGGGGUUGAGUGACAUCACUAUCAUCAAUAUUGCAAUGGAGAAUUCCACAGAAAUGAAGGAUAUCCUACAGAUAGUGGUACAUGCAUUCCUCAGGAUGAAACAGUUGGGCAAGAAACCCAGAUGUCAGUUUGUUCACCAGAACGUGGCAGAUGUAUCCGCCCCUGAGAAGAACUUAAGAGAAAGAGAGAUGCUGCUGGAGCAGUUAAAUGAGAUGACGCAGGCAGCAGCUAAAAUGGAAAACAAGGAGGAGUACAAGAGCUUCACGGAUGUGAUGGAAUACAAUGCAAACACUGGGAACAUGUACGUCCCAGGACUCUGGAAUGGGAGUCCACCAAUGGCACCAGUUAAUGCAGGGUACAGCGAGGCUGUUUAUGAGCUCAAGAAGAACAUCCUUCAAACUCUGAGAAGUUGUGGGUCUUCUGCUAAUAACAUCUCAGAGUUCACAGAGUGGACAACAAGCCUGUGGAAAGCUGUCAAGCAUGAAAACUUCAUCUUCAGCUUCAGAAACAGCCUGGUGGCUGAUGCGUACAUGAAGCUCUGCACAGAAUUCAACAAAUGGGAAUGGGCCUUCAAAAAAGAAAUGUACAAGUGGACAAAAACAGCAGAAACAAAAAUCUCUAACUUUGGAAAAGUGAAAUCUGAGGAGUCUGACAUUGGUCAACUUCACACUCGUUUGAAAAGUGAAGCGUGCUCAGAGCUGUCUAAAGGGGAGACAGAGCUUCUUAAAAACCUGGAAGAGUACUUCAAGCAAACAGACGGUCAUGUCUAUCUUGUUGAAGCAUACAAGGAAGUCUUUUCCAACAGUGCAAAGAGCCUCCGUCGAGAAAUAGAAAGCUCUGUUCAUAACCAGCUCAAAGUUGCAACAGAUGUUAGAAGGAGAAUGACAGAAGUUGACAGAAUCAAGAUGAAACACACCGAAGAAUUAGGAGAGAGAGUACGAGCACUGAUUGAAGAAUGCCGUAAGAAGAGAGAAGACAUGACGGACGACAAGUUGAACAAAGAGUUUGACAAGAUGUGGAAUAAAAUGAUUAAAGAACAACAUUUUCCAAAACAAGAGAUCACUGAUGUCAUGGCAAGUGUCUACCUCUGCCUGAAAGACAAUAUUAAACAAAAGGGGAGUCAUGCGUGUGAGUUGUUAAGUCAAAAGAGACUGAAAGAUUGUGGAAAGAUCCCUUUCAAAUGUUCAGCUGAAGGAAUAUUAAAACAGACAAAGCACAGAUUAUACAAAUUGUUCAGAAUUGAAGAUGAGGUAGCGGCACUACAACAAAUUGCUGACUGCAUCAUAAGUGAUUGUAAACAGUUUGUGAAAGAAAAAGUGAAGAAAAAAAACAACUACCACGACACUUUCAUUGAGGAGAUCCUAUGCAUGAUCGAUGAGAAGCUGAAGAAGAACCAGGAUGUAAAGAUAGAGACAGACUUUGAGGUUUCUCUGAAACAGCACAUCUGUGCAAAUGCAGCCAGAGACUUUAAGAGAAUGCACGAAGAGUUCAUUCAAAUGAACGAUCCCUACAGAUGUCUCAAACAAAACAAAGAGAAGUUCAGAGUUAACUUCAAGGAUGAGUUCUGUAAGCGAGACCAGAGUCAGAAGAAGGCAAAAUAAUUCACAGAUGACUGUUUGAAGCCUGCUGUGAAAAACUCUAUCAACAGCUCCCUGGGUCCUGAUAUUGUUGGUGACAUGACAAGGAGGUUCCAAUUCAGCACACGGAUGUUCUUCCAGUAUUCAGUGUUACUGGAUUUGCUCAAAAAGGAUAACUUUGAAGACUACCUGAACAAUAUCAGUUCAUACGAGCGAUAUGUGAAGAAAUGGAUCCUUGAUGAAAUGUUAAAACUCUUGACCAAUGAGUCUGUCUCUGAGUUUGAGGAUCAACAUCUCAGGUCCAGUAUCAAGAGCAUAAAUGAUGCAGUACGCAGAGCUCAAGAGAAAGGAAACGUCAACCUGCAGGGAUUUAUCAAACACAUCCGUCAGGAACUUGGUGAAGAGCUGGUCAUUUCUGAGGAUUCUCUGGGUCCUUUCAGGAUCCUGAAUAAUGUCAACAAGGAACAGUUUGCUCAGUGGCUCCCUGAGUGUGUGAAGGACAUGGAAGAAGCUCUUAAAGAGGAGUUCAAAGAUAAAAACAUCAGAAGAAAACUCACUAAUCUUAAAGUAAAUCCUCAGAAUGAGCUUUUCCAAAAACUUGUUGGAUGUGGUAAACUGUGUCCAUUCUGCAAAGCACCCUGUGAGGCAGGAGCAACAGAGCAUACAGAGCACUUCACCUCAUUUCAUCGACCAGACGGUCUGGGCAUGUACAGAUGGGUUAAAACAAAAAAACUUACCAUUGACAUUUGCACUUCCUUGGUGAUCAGUGAUGCAGUAUUUCUACUGAGUCACACCAGUGAUGAAUACCACCCUUACAAGAAGUACAACACAAUCUACCCUGACUGGAGAAUUGUACCAGACUCAAGCCUUGAGGGUUCAGACUAUUGGAAAUAUGUUCUGAACAGGUUCAACCACAAGUUUGCUAAAGCAUACAGGGCAAAGCCUGCUGAAAUUCCUGAUACUUGGAAAGCUAUCACAGAGCAGAAUGCAGAACAGAGUCUCAAAAGAUGGUUUAAUGUCUAAUGAGUCACUAACCAUGUUUCCUCUCUCUCACCUGAAGUGUACAGAGGUGCACAUCCUCCUGUCAUGGAGGUUUGAAGAUUAGACUGUUGAACAUGAAGAAGAAGAAAACCAAGAGGAAAGAAAAAGCUGAUGAAAAAGAAAGAGUAGAGAGAGAGAUUCAAAGACAAGUCUUCACAGAUGGAAGUGUAAAUAAAAACUCUGGUAGUUCAGAUAUGGAAUCAAACAGGUUUUUAUCAUUAGUCUGCUUUAAUUCUGUGUUUCUGUUGAUCAGGAGUGUGUUUGGAGUCAAGCUCAUGUAAGGACACAAUGAUCAUCCCAAAUGUUUCAAGGUGAUUUGAUGUAACUUUAAAUCUGUGACACUGUGUGACCAGUGAAUGCAACACUUGUGCCACUAAAAGAUAGACCGGCUUGAUAAAUGCACCAAAGUGAGCAGAAAGACUUUUCUCCUUUCAUCAAAUCAACGGCAGCAUGCUUUCUCUUCUUCAUUCUUUUGAGAAGUUUCCAUGAACUGAUCUCUUCAACUUAAAGAUGUAUUCUUUUUUUGAGUGUAUGAUUUUGUCAUUGAAGAACAAGAAGCGUAUCUUUGAAUCAGAGUGUGUGUGGUAUAAUAUGUCUUUUUUCUUCACUGAGUUUGUUUAUCGCUCUGACUUUGUAAAGUCUGAGAACAUUAAAGAAAAUGUGUUUCAUUUAGUUUGUGAUUGUUUGCCUGAAACUUUGAACCACUUUGUAUUUCAUCGUGUGAAGUAUCUGAUGCAGAGUCUACUCUUAUGUUGACAUUGAUGUUCAUUCAGUCUAAAUAUUAACAUGUGUACUACUAAUGACAGAAGUUGUAUUCAUCUUUUCUUAAUGACAGAAAUAUGAUUGAAUGAAAUGUGGAUCAAAUCAGUUGAACUCAAUCCAAUGCACCGGCUUACUGCCCGUAUGUUUCUCUGACAUUACUGUGGGAUUAUUAUUCUUUACUCAGAAUUUAGACUUUGCUUUUGUUUGUUUCUGAUUCCUGAUAUUUACAUUUUGAAGGAAUCAAAAGAUGUUUCAUGUUGUCUCCAUAACUUCCUGCUGUUAACUGAUUGAAUAAAGAUACUCAUCAGAA